AUGGCAUUCCAGACAGCCUCACUGCUGGCCGUCAGCCUGCUGAUCCUCUGGGUCACCCCUGCUCUGGGAGGUGCCAACGACGCUGAAGACUGCUGCCUAUCUGUGACCCAGCGCCCCAUCCCUGUAUUCCUGGUGCGAGCCUACCGCUACCUGCUCCUUGAGGAUGGCUGCAGGCUGCCUGCCGUCGUGUUCACCACGCAGAGAGGCCACGAGCUCUGUGCACCCCCAGACCAGCCAUGGGUGGGCCGCAUCAUCCGGAGACUGAAGAAGAACUCUGCCAGGAGAAGAGUUCCAGCAGUUACCCAAUGA